UGCACCAGUCAUUGGAUUUGAGCCUCUAGAGUUUGCACUACAAAUGGAUUUCCCGUGGAAAGCGAUGUUGUUCUUACUCUUCAUGUAUUUCCACUGCACCAGCGGAUAUGUUCGCGAUCGUCACGAGAUAGUGAGACGGGAUGUAAACUUAACCGCAGUGGAUCACAGUUUGGGGGGAGCAUUGAGUAUGGUGUUUGGACCCUUGGCGGAUUUAGCUGACAAGGUUAACCUCAAUAUACCCCUAAUAUCAAACUUCCGAACCAAGGAAUCGAGCAGAUGAAAAAUAUGUUCACCAGCCAUUUUAAAAAUUUCAUGAAUACUAAUAAAUACAUUUUUGAGCCUUA